AUCCCGCCGUUUAACCCAAGCAAAUAAACCCGACCCAUUUCCAUAAAUGUCCAUUUUGAACCUCAACCAACUUCAAAUACUUACAAGAAAUGUACAGCUGAACAUCCACUGAGAUUCUUACAAUUUGCAAUACAUUUCGAACUAUCUCGAUCAUAGCUAUUAGUUCCCCAUUAAAAUGAUUGUAUUUAAAAUAAUCCUAUAAUAAGCUAGCCCUCUUCCAAAGAUUCCAUUGGCUGUAUCUUUUUUAUGAUUUUUCUUCAGGCCAAAGCAUUCUCGGCACAGCACCUAGAUCCAGAAUUCUAUCUAAUUUUCAGUUCUGCAAAUUUCACGGGUGUAAAAUGGAAGGUAUUAUAGUUAGGAGAGUUAUUCCUUCAGAUAAUAGUUGCCUCUUUAAUGCUGUUGGUUAUGUUAUGGACCAUGAGAAAAACAAAGCUCCUGAGCUAAGACAGGUUAUAGCUGCAACAGUGGCAAGUUAUCCAGAAAAGUUUUCUGAAGCAUUCCUCGAAAAGCCUAAUGAAGAGUAUUGUGCAUGGAUUCUUAACCCAGAGAAGUGGGGAGGUGGCAUUGAGCUUGCAAUAUUGGCCGAGUAUUAUGGGCGUGAGAUAGCAGCAUAUGAUAUACAAACCUCCAGAUGUGAUUUGUAUGGACAGGAAAAAAACUACAGUGAAAGAGUUAUGCUGAUAUAUGAUGGACUCCACUAUGAUGCUUUGGCUAUGUCUCCUGCUGAAGGAGCUCCAGAAGAGUUUGAUCAAACGAUAUUUCCGGUACUCGAGGACAGGACCUUGGGGUCAGCUGAGAGACUCGCCCUUAAUCUGGUUAGAGACCAGCAAAGGAGGAGGAGUUACACUGACACUGCCAACUUCACGUUGAGAUGUGGUACCUGCCAAAUUGGAGUUAUUGGACAGAAGGAAGCAGUGGAGCAUGCACAAGCAACAGGUCAUGUGAACUUCCAAGAAUAUAAAUGAUAAACUGAGUGAAAUUCUAUUCAUCUGUUGCCAUACACUUGCAUUUACUAAUGUCAUUUUAUCAAGUUAUGAAACUGUGUUGUGAUUUGUGGAAGAAGAAAACUUUCAGACUCGGUUGCGUUUAUUGGAUCCUUUGUGUUUAAUAAAUUUUGAAUUUGAUAAGGAUACAAACAGACAUUUGAAUGGAAAGUAUUAUUGAGUCCUAGU